CUGAUAGACACGUUUGCGACGGAGAUAGGGGAGCUGAAGCAAGAGAUGGUCCAGACCUCCCCAACAGAGGACAGAGACCCAUACCCUAUGGUUCUACAGGGGUAAGUCCCCUCUCCUCCUUUCGUCCUCUACUUUUUGCUCCUUCACAGUCCUUUACCUUAUUAGGAUUCUUAGUACACAUUUUUGUCAGUGUUUGAAUAUAAGGUAUUGUGAUUUGUUCUAACAAUGUAGUUGAAUAGAGUGACAACACAGACAUUUAGUGAUGGGGGAGACUUGAGUGAGGCAAAAGAAAGGGACAGUAGACUCCAUUUUAUUUGUGUCACUAUUCACAUGCUAUACCUAGAUAGUUCUCUGUGGGACACUGCAUCAUGUACUCUUUCACCAAAAGAUGGAGACAGUACCUUAUUCUCUCUCUCUCUCUCUCUCUCUCUCUCUCUCUCUCUCUCUCUCUCUUGCUCUCUCUCUCUCUCUCUCUCUCUCUCUCUCUCUCUCUCUCUCUCUCUCUCUCUCUCUCUCAGGUUGGAGGGGGAGGUGAGCGGGGUUUACCUCCAGUCCUCGCCCUGCGCUGGCGCCAGUGGUGAAAGGGAUUCUGGGUACGACUCCCUGCGUAGGCGGAUGAGCGUCCUGGACAGACUGAGGCAUACGCACCCCGUGUGGCUACUGCUCACGCUCAGUGACAAGGAGGCCACCCGUAUACUGCUGCAGCAGCCUCCAGGGGUGAGAGGGUCAAGGUUCAAGGUCACAGUAUGACCUUUGUUAUUGUAGGGCUUGUAUAUUAUCAUUUUAGCAUUCUAACAGAAAAAGAGAUUAAAGCUGAUGGACAGGUGUGAGCAUAUGGAUCAGGUGAUGUCACUGACGUGACCCUUUGAAAGGUCAACCCUUAAUGAACCUGUCUGUCUCUCUCCUGUCCAGGUAUUCCUGGUGAGGAAGUCAUCCACUCUUCAGAGGAAAGUUCUCUCUCUAAGGGUCAGUGAUGAUGACGCCUCAGGAGGAGCCAGCGUCUGUGACUUCCCUGUCAGAGAGAGUCAGUACAGUGAGUGUCAUAAUGGAACAGCGUGCAGUUUAUUUAUUUUAUUUAUUAAACCUUUAUUCAUCCAGUACAGUAACGUCCCAAAGCCCAGCUAACACUCCUGAUUGGCUAUAGUACAGCACGCAGCCUAGUCAUUAAAUGUAAUUAAUAUAACAUUUAUUUAAUGCUAACAUUUCAGUUAAGAACAAAUUCUUAUUUACAAUGACGACCCGGCCUAGUACCUAAACCAAAUGAUGACUUGCCUUCUGCAUAAGGAGUGUUUACUUAUAGUAUAUUCAAACAUUUUUAGCAAACAUUUUUUACAUUUACAUUUUAGUCAUUUAGCAGACGCUCUUAUCCAGACGACUUACAGUUAGUGAGUGCAUACAUUAUUAUUUUUCAUACCCCCCGUGGGAAUCGAACCCACAACCCUGGCGUUGCAAACGCCAUGCUCUACCAACUGAGCUACAUCCCUGCCGGCCAUUCCCUCCCCUACCCUGGACGAUGCUGGGCCAAUUGUGCGCCGCCCCAUGGGUCUCCCGGUCGCGGCCGGCUACGACAGAGCCUGGAUACGAACCAGGAUCUCUAGUGGCACAGUUAGCACUGCGAUGCAGUGCCUUAGACCACUGCGCCACUCGGGAGGCAACAGAUGCAUGACUCAACAUGUUUUCAAUUGGCCCAACUGUGCAUUUCUCAGACAACAAACAGCAUAUACAAUGAAUCACACCAUGACUAUACUCAUAGGUCACCUACCUUUAACCAUGUCAAAUCCUGCCUUUACCUCAACACACACACACACACACACACACACACACACACACACUCUCGUUAUGUGUGCUUUCCAUUGACGAUUCCUUUGACCUGUUUCACGCUUCCACCACUGCUGAAAAAUGUGACUCUCUCUCUGACAUUGUUCAAAGUGCUAAUCUUGACCAUAAAACAGUAAAGCCCUGACACAGACACACACACACACACACACACACACUAUAUUUAUUGCAGGGCAAAUCUCAUGUAGCAUUUGGCUAUUACCUAUUGGAUGUUUUCUCUUGGAGAGACAUUUACAGUUUUGGUAAUUUACUGCACUGUUGGGAUUAUAACAAAAAAACGUAAUGAGUAAUGGAAUAGUAAUAAUGCCAGGGAAUGAUGACUUACCAGAUGUGCACAUUGGAUAUCUAGGAAUUUCCCCCUUUUUAAUGUCAACAUUAAGUGUCUUCUCUGGCCUGGUUUGGCCUUUUGAAUGUGGGUUGGAUUUAGCCUCAAAUGUUUUAAUGUCCAAACUAGCAUAUCAAACUACUUAGAAUGAAUAAAUGUAUUUGGCAUGCAUGCUAAGUAGUAUGCUAGAAUGGACAUUAACCUAACAUAACUAUGGGGAGAAAUUCCUCAUAUAUUUCAAGAUGGAAGCUAACCAAGACUUGAUUUGGCUGUAGGUGUUAUACCUCGUAAUAAAGUCUGUACAGUUUUCAUGGAUUCUCUGUGUUCUUCCUCUGGUUGCAGCCUUUUCUCUGGAAGGAUCUGGGAUCAGUUUUGCAGACCUGUUUCGCCUGGUGGCCUUCUACUGUAUCAGCAGGUACAGUCAUGUUCUCAAAGUUCUAUCUCUCGCUCUGUCUUUCUCUCUUUCUCUCUCUCUCUCCUCCCUCCGUCCCCCUCUCCCUCCGUCCCACCCUAUCCCCACUCCCUCUGUCAUUCCUCCCUCUGUUGCCAUUCCACUGCGGUGAGAGCUACAGCAACUGAAACCAACAGCCCAUGGAUGGAAAUAACAUUGUGUUAAGUAAGCAGUAAGCACUCAGGACCUAGCUUGUCUCAACUGCCCUCUUCUCACUUCUGGUUUUAGACCAGCUUCAUGCCAGCUCAUUCACAGACAGCUCAGAGCUACAGCACAGGAAACAGGGUUUCCAGUAUUUCCUAAUACGUCAGAACUUUGUUUCAACUGAGAAAUAGAAACUUAAACAUUAAAAAACGGUAAUGUCAGCAAUGCCCAAUAAUGCCCAAUACAGCAAAACCUAGUUUCAACUGACAAAACACCAACUUACAGUAAACAUACAACAAUACCCUACAAGUGGAAUGAGGUAAAACCCUUGUGGUCAGGGAAGUAGAAGAAAGGAAAGUAGUGCCACUGUGCCAGUAAUAUCCAGUAAUAUCCAGUAAUGUCCAGUAAUGUCCAGUAAUGUCCAGUCAUAUUCAGUCAUAUCCAGUCAUAUCCAGUAAUAUCCAGUAAUGUCCAGUAAUAUCCAGUAAUAUCCAGUAAUGUCCAGUAAUAUCCAGUAAUGCCCAACACAACACAACACAGUUUCAAUGUGGGAAAUAAAACAUAAACAUAAAAAAAAUACAGAAUAUAAGUAUAUAUUUUACUAUCAUUAGCGACAGGAGUUUUUCUUAUUCACUUGACGUGACUAUGAAAAAACUCCUGGCUCGAGUUAUACAAUAGUUCAUUAAUAACAAGGGACCUAGUAGGGAAAAUAUCCUCAAGGGAAAAUAUCCUCAAUAACUUGCAUAUUAAAUUUGACAGUAUAAGGAAUGUUUUAGUCAGCAUAUUGUUAUUGCUAGUGAAGAUGCUAGUGAAGACAUUCACUAGCUAAGGCCUCAAGGCUCUGUUAUUUGGCUUUGAGUUGACAGUAACAGCACAGUGAUGUCACUCUCUUCCUCACCUCUCUGCUCCAGUUGCUGUUGUGUUUGUUUUGACAAACCCCUUCUACCACCCUGUGACAUCACCCACCCUGAGGACAGAACACAAGUCCAGCUAGCAGGAGGAGAUACAGAGGACAAACUGGGAAAGUCCACUGUCGGAAUCUCCAGAAUAUCUGUGGGACAUUAUAGACAUAGUUGGAUCACCCUCUCUCUUAUCUUUUCAGGGAUGUCCUUCCCUUCACCCUGAAUCUCCCAGAAGCCAUUGCAGCCUCCAAGACUCAGAAGGACCUGGAGGAGGUGGCCCAACUAGGAGCAGGUAGUACAGUAAUAGAUGGGUAGAAUGUGCUCAGCUCUAUUUUCUUCUGUCUUAAAGGGAUAGUUUGGGAUUCUGGCAAUGAGGCCCUUUAUCUACUUCCCUAGAGUCAGAUGAACUCGUGGAUACCAUUUUUAUGUAUCUGCGUCCAGUAUGAAGGAAGUUAGAGGUAGUUUCGCAAGCCAAUGCUAACUAGCGUUAGCACAAUGACUGGAAGUAUACAGAAACAGCUAGCAUACUGUUCCCAUAGUCAUUGCGCUAACGCUAAUUAGCAUUGGCUUGCGAAACUACCUCUAACUUCCUUCAUACUGGACACAGAGACAUACAAAUGGUAUCCACGAGUUCAUCUGACUCUGGGGAAGUAGAUAAAGGGCCAAAAUCCCAAACUAUCCCUUUAAACCUCGACUCGUAUGGCGCUGAAGAUAAUGAAUAUGAUGUUGAAAAGUGGAGAAUUUCCCCAAAAGGGGGCUAUAAGCCAAUUCAUUAUCCCAUAAUAAAUUGAUAUAGAAGGAGACAGCAUAACUUCAUGCUCUUGCAUUGAUUUAUUUCAUAUUGUUGAAGGCAGUAUAUCCAAAUCAACAUACACAUGUUUUGGGCUGUGUCUCCUUGAGUACAUAAAUCCAUUAUGUAAAAAGUGACAUUUCUAUGUGUACAGGUGCUGAGGCUACUGAUACCGUCUAUUAGUUUUCCCCUGUCCUGUAUGUACUGUAUAUGUUAUUCUAGUUAACUCAUGCUGACCAGUGUGGUCUGGUUUCAUGGCAGAUUUAGUUAGUCACUCUGUCAUGUUAUUCUUAGUUUAUUUCGGUUGAAACUCCAGUGUGUGAGUCAGUUUCCUCCAAGCAGGCCGCAUAACUCAGGGACACACACACACACACACACACACACACACACACACACAGGCAUGGACGCAGGCACACACACAAGCCAGGCAUGUGCUUACCCCGACCCCUCAUGUAUGCAUGGUUACCCUGGGGAGAGAGAGCGAGCGACAGAGAGAGAGACAGAGAGAGAGAGAGACACAGAGAGAGAGACACAGAGAGAGAGACACAGAGAGAGAGAGAGACAGAGAAAGAUUUCCCUCAGAUUACACAGACCCACAAAGACUUUGAAAACAAAUCCAAUUUUGAUAAACUCCCAUAUCUAUUGGGUGAAAUACCAAAGUGUGCAAUCACAGCAGCAAGAUUUGUGACCUGUUGCCACAAGAAAAGGGCAACCAGUGAAGAACAAACACCCUUGUAAAUACAGACAGACAGACAGACAGACAGACAGACAGACAGACAGACAGACAGACAGACAGACAGACAGACAGACAGACAGACAGACAGACAGACAGACAGACAGACAGACAGACAGACAGACAGACAGACAGACAGACAGGUUAGAUGUAUGUAGCGCGAGUCUACAUGAGGAUAUUUUCUUAGCAUGCUGACACAAUCAUUUAGGGAAACUCCCUUCUCCAAUGGAUAGGUUCUAUUUAAAAUGGAUAUUUAUGUCUAUGUUAUGGAAUCUUUGCAGUCACAUCUCAAAACAUCUAUGUUAUUGUAUGAAACACGUGAAUGAAAUGCAUGCUGUCUGUCCAUAUACUGUAGGGUACCAAGAAAGCAAAUAAUCUUGAAACCUCUCAAAUAUAUAAAUAUUUUUUUAUUACGUUUCUGGUGCAGUGUUUCCAUGGAGGCUUACACCCACACCAGUGUGUCUUCAGUGUUUUACAGAGAAGUCUGAGCCUUUUAGCUAAAACACUGGGGUAAAUCCUGUACAGACAUGUAUCAUGGGUAUUUUCUCUCUCAGGGGGCACAAAGGAUAUUGUUUUGCGGCACCAAGAUUUUAUCAAAGGUUUCUCCAAGGACAGCAGACUUUGGCUCGGUUAAGUCGUUUCAACGUAGUUAAUUAAUUAUUUUGAUGUGCAUGGAAAAGUAACUGUUGUGGUAUAUUAAUUAUUAAUAUUAACUACAAGUUCAUGAAGGGAACUGAAUUGAGUUUGUUCAAGUAAAUCACUUUGUUGCAGUAUACUCUAUUACCAAAAGUUAUGAAUACAUUAUUGACAUACAAUUUAGCUCUGGGUACAGAUCCUGUCCAAGGCUCAGAAAGUAAUGGAAGAAGAAAUGUCCUUUGAACUAUCAGUAAAGCUCUGCAGGAGAUCCAUCCAGGCUAUUCCCCCGGGGGGGUCACUACUAAAUCCAGCCCAGGAUGAGUGCACUCUAGGUGGGGUAAAGAGCAGGGAGAGGUUGCCUGUCUCAGUCUAGCUCCAGAGGUCAUGUUUCUCACGUGGGCAUAUCACCAAUACCACAGAGUUUUUCAGUCCCUAGACAGAGAGGUAUGCAAAGACCUUUGAAGCAUUGCCCGACAUAGCUCCGUCACGCUCUAUCGUCCCAGGUGUGCUGCUGUGCAGAGGUUGUGUGUGUGUGUGUGUUUGUGUGUGUGUUUGUGUUUGUGUGUGUGUUUGUGGAAUUCAAUGCAUACAGAACAUGCUUCGCAGUCCUCUAAAGUUUAACUUAUGGAACAAUUUAUAACAGUCCUUCAAUUCUAUUACAUUACAUUAAUAAUUCUGUAAUGUCUUUCUUGGUGUGUGAUUGUUCUUCUGGAUGAAUUAGCACAGAGACUUGUGUGCCAAGUGCCAGCAAACAAUAGCCUGAUUCAGUGGAUACAAGUGAAAAAAACAGAAGAGACGAUCAUAACGGAAACCAAUGUCCUGCAUUGUAGCAGGAAACUCAGUCAAAGAGAAGGGAGGAAGAGGGUGAUCAGGAAAGAGGAGGGCCUAUACAUUACUGUAGGCCAAUCCAGUGUGUAGAGACCUCCCACCACCCCUGUGGAAUUUGCAUGUGUGACUCCCUCUCCGUCUCUCUGGGUCUGUCAGGACAGCGUUCUGGGCACAUUCUCCACCGCCUCAGAAGAGCGUAGGAUCACGGAGAAAAAAGAGAGAAAGAAAGAGAGGGAUAUAAAGAAGGUUGACUGCCUAACUACAGUGCUACUUGCACUAUAUUGUGGAUGUAUCAGUGAACUGGAGGAUAAAGUAAGUGGAAUAGUGGUGUUGGUGGUAGUUCCUGUGGGUGUUUAUGCGUUUUUUAGUGUGUUUGGGUCAAGGUUAGGGCUAGGCGGUUAGUAGGUGUCUGUGUAUGAAGGUAGGUAGGUGUCUGUGUAUGAGGGUAUGUAUGUGUCUAUGGAUGAAGGUAUGUAGGUGUCUGUGUAUGAAGGUAUGUAGGUGUUUGUGUAUGAGGGUAUAUAGGUGUCGGUGUAUGAGGGUAUGUAGGCGUCGGUGUAUGAGGGUAUGUAGGUGUCUGUGUAUGAAGGUAUGUAGGUGUCUGUGUAUAAGGGUAUGUAUAUGUCUGUGUAUGAGGGUAUGUAUGUGUCUGUGUAUGAAGGUGUCUGUCUGUGUGUUUGAAUGGUUAUCAUGACUUUGAGUGUUAUUGGGUCCGGUUGUGGUUAGGCAGCUAUUGGAGGUUUUUCAAUGUAUACAGUGUGUGGACUCUGUUAAUGAUUCCCAAUCUCUUUUCUCCUGUUAGGAUUCUGGCACUCUGUUCUAGGCAGCCUACGAAGGACAACCUCUCCCUCACGCUCUCCAUCACAGCUCCUUGACAGAGACCGUGACAACCAGGGUACAGAGAGGACACAAGAGAAACCGAGUGUGACUCGCCACAACAGCGUUCCUCCAGCUCGUACCCCUUCCUCCUCCUCCUCUCGCCUGGAGAGAAGCCAGUCCAACGGGGCGCUUUGCUUCAUCAACCCCCUCUUCCUCCAGACUCACCGGCGGCUUGAGGAAGACACACCAUCCUCUUCCUCCCCUCCUUCCCCCUACGUCACACACUCCACCCCCAGCCCGGGAACUACCGGUGGGACGUCUUCGGCCCCUGUCACGGACCCCAACGGAGAGACCCCCAAGGUGAACAGGACGUCACGCCCCCCUCGGCCCCCGCCCCCCCGCUCCCUCUCCCAGCGCCGCCGCCAAGCUCCCCCUCCCCCCACCCCUCUUCCCCAGAAGCCCAAGAGCAGCAUGCCCGAAACGCCCGCCGCCAUUGUUGUCGCCAGGCAACCACUGCAACCCUCAUCCAAUCAGAACCUUCGCCCCGCCCCUCGCCCUCCCAUGGGCACCCGGCACAGCAGUCCGUCCAAAAAGAAGACGAGCAGCGCCCCCAUCCCCGUGCCCCACCAACACCCUCAUCACCCUCCUCCCCCACGCCCCAAAAAACCUGAUAUCGACGCCCACCGGUGCCACAUUGCUCUUGACGAUGAGACUAUCGCCAAGGCUCUGUCCCGCGCCAAGCUGCCCCCUUGCCAGGCACCGCCCAUACCCGCUCCCUCCAUAGUGGGAAAUGGUGCUGGUAGCCCCCCCAGCCCUCUGGGUAAGACCACCAGACAAGAGGGACGAGAGGGGAGGCUGAGCGACAUGUCCAUCUCCACCUCUUCCUCAGAUUCUCUGGACUACUCCCACCCUCCCCUCUCCCUCCCCGCCAGCCCCCCUCGCAGAGUACGCCAUCACCAUGGCAACAACGAGGACAGCAGCGACGACGAAGACCUCUGCGACGAAGAAGAGGAAGACUACGGCGUCAGCCUGGAGAACGACCUGGACCAGGGCCUCCGUCCUCCCUUCAAAGCCCGCCGGAGAGGGGUCGGAGUGGGGGUCAAAGUUGCGCUGAGCUUCCAAAAGGUUUCUGGAGUCUUCAGCACGUUCAUGACCCCAGAAAGGCGAGCCGUGAGGAGGAUAGCGGAGCUCUCCAGGGACAAGAGUUCCUACUUUGGAUGCCUGGUUCAGGAUUAUAUCAGUUUUGUACAGGAGAAUAAGGGGUGUCAUACGUCAGGCUUAGACCUGCUGCAGACCCUCAGACAGUUCAUGACCCAGAUGAAGGCCUACCUAACGCAGAGCUCCGAACUGGACCCGCCCAUCGAAUCACUCAUACCCGAGGAUCAGAUA